AUGUCGAGCUUUAGUUACAGAAAUGGAAUCACAUCAAAAGGUGUUGGUAUGAAACUCGACAAUUAUAGUUCCAAAUCUUCUUCUUCUUUUAAGUCGAAGGUGCAAUCAACGGGGUCUAGCAUACGGCGGAGCAGCACCGGCUCAGUCGGCGGCGGCUCCAAGGAUGAUUCUGCAGUUUCUGGGAGAGUUCGAGUUGCUGUUAGACUACGGCCUCGAAAUGCAGAGGAGAUGGUGGCAGAUGCUGAUUUUGCAGAUUGUGUAGAAUUGCAGCCAGAGCUCAAAAGGUUAAAAAUUCGAAAAAACAACUGGGAUUCUGAUACAUAUGAGUUUGAUGAAGUGCUGACAGAGUUUGCAUCACAAAAACGUGUUUAUGAAGUUGUCGCAAAGCCCGUAGUUGAGAGUGUUUUGGAUGGUUACAAUGGAACAAUCAUGGCAUAUGGGCAGACUGGUACCGGGAAAACCUACACUCUUGGACGACUAGGAGAAGAAGACACUGCUGGUCGUGGAAUAAUGGUGCGUGCACUGGAGAAUAUAUUAGCUGAAAUAUCACCCGAGACUGAUGCAGUUUCAGUCUCUUAUUUUCAGCUUUAUAUGGAAACCAUACAAGACCUCCUCGAUCCAGCUAAUGAUAAUAUAUCUAUUGCGGAAGAUCCAAAAAAUGGAGACGUGUCACUGCCUGGCACGACCCUAGUAGAAAUAAGGGAUCAAAAGAGUUUUGUGGAACUACUACGUAUGGGGGAGGCAAAUCGUUUUGCUGCUAACACAAAAUUAAACACAGAAUCUUCACGCAGUCAUGCCAUUUUAAUGGUACACGUGAAGAGGUCCAUCAAGGGAAGAAAUUCUUCUCUCUCUACUGAAAGCACGGGUAAAACAUUGAAGGCUCCUAUUGUACGUAAAAGCAAGCUAGUUAUUGUAGACCUCGCUGGUUCUGAGCGCGUUGAAAAGUCGGGAAGCGAGGGACAUACAUUUGAGGAAGCCAAGUCUAUCAACCUCUCUUUGAGUGCACUAGGGAAGUGUAUUAAUGCAUUGGCAGAGAACAGUGCUCAUGUUCCUGUUCGCGAUUCAAAGCUUACAAGGCUGCUUCGAGAUUCUUUUGGAGGCACAGCAAGAACCUCAUUAAUUAUUACCGUUGGGCCAUCGCCACGCCACCGAGGAGAGACAUCCAGCACUAUAACGUUUGGACAACGAGCAAUGAAGGUGGAGAACAUGUUAAAAAUUAAAGAGGAAUUUGAUUAUAAAAGUUUAUCAAGGAAGCUUGAUGUACAAUUAGACAAACUAAUUGCUGAGCACGAAAGACAGCAAAAAGCAUUCCAAGAUGAGGUUGAAAGGAUAGCUUUGGAAGCACAAAAACGUGUUGCUGACGCUGAACUAAACUAUGCUGAUGCAUUGGAGGAGGAGAAAUUGAAGUAUCAGAAAGACUAUGCAGAAUCAAUUAAGAAACUCGAGGAACAAAGGGCAGAAAAACAAGAAAAGCAUGGACAACAAAAAGUCAAAGUUGGACCGGCUAAUGAUGGCAUUGAUCAGAAAUCCAACUCAGAGCUAUCAACUUCUGGUGAAGUUGCCAAGAUUAAAAACAUGCAUCAGAAUGAAAUUCUUUUACGGAAAGCUGCAGAAGCAGAAGUCAAUAAUCUUAGAAAUCAAUUGACUCAGUGGAAAAAAACAGAGGCUGCUCGAAAUGAUGAAAUCUCAAAGCUUCACAAGCUGGUGGAAGAUGAAGCACAUCAAAAAGCAAGGCUUGAAGAAGAAAUAGCAAUUUUACGAAGUCAGCUGUUGCAAAUAAGUUUUGAAGCUGAUCGGACAAGAAGAAAUCUUGAUAUUGGUGGGAAUGGAGAACUAUCUGGCAGUCUAGACUCUCUCAUCCCUCAAGUCAAGCAUCAACAGCCAAGAGACUCUGGAGAUGGAGAGAAGGCGUCAAUGGUGAAACUUUUUGAACAAGUGGGACUGCACAAAAUACUGUCGUUACUUGAGGCAGAUGAUGCUGACGUACGUAUUCAUGCUGUUAAAGUAGUGGCAAAUCUGGCAGCAGAAGAGACAAAUCAGGAAAAGAUUGUGGAAGCUGGCGGUCUUACAUCGUUGCUGACACUCCUGAGAAGCUCCAACGAUGAGACCAUUCACAGAGUUGCAGCAGGGGCAAUUGCUAAUCUUGCAAUGAAUGAAACCAAUCAGGAGCUCAUAAUGGCUCAAGGGGGAAUAAGUUUGUUAUCAUUAACGGCAGCCAAUGCAGAGGAUCCUCAAACACUACGCAUGGUUGCUGGAGCCAUUGCUAAUCUUUGCGGCAAUGAUAAGUUACAGGUGAAGUUAAGAGCAGAUGGUGGUAUUAGUGCCUUGCUGGGAAUGGUUAGAUGUAGGCAUCCAGAUGUUCUUGCUCAAGUAGCUCGUGGAAUUGCAAACUUUGCUAAAUGUGAGUCGAGAACAAUAUCCACACAAGGAACUAAAGCUGGGAAGUCUCUCCUCAUUGAAGAUGGAACCCUUCCAUGGAUUGUGCAGAAUGCCAACAAUGAAGCCUCACAAAUCCGGCGUCACAUUGAGCUAGCGCUUUGCCAUUUAGCACAACAUGAGGCCAACACAAAGGAUAUGAUAAAUGGAGGUGCUUUGUGGGAGCUUGUUCGUAUAUCACGAGAUUGUUCACGAGAGGACAUAAGGACUCUUGCAUAUCGAAUUUUAAAGUCCAGCCCAAGUUUCCAGGCCGAGUUGAAGCGACUGAGAGUUGACUACGGCUAA